GUUGUCACUUGGACGCGUACACCACGAUUAGAUGGCAGAGGAGGUCGACUAUGAGUCACUCCCACCCAAUGCUGGCCUCGCUGUCAACAUGCUUGCAGGCGCCCUAGCCGGCAUAUCUGAACAUGCAGUCAUGUACCCCAUCGACAGCAUCAAAACGCGAAUGCAAGUCUUCGCGACCUCACCCGUGGCAGUCUACACCGGUGUCGGGAACGCCUUUACGCGGAUAUCCUCAACAGAAGGCUUGCGGGCACUCUGGCGGGGCGUCUGGUCCGUCGUGCUGGGUGCUGGGCCGGCGCAUGCGGUGCAUUUCGGUACCCUCGAGGCCGUCAAGGAGCUCAUGGGCGGGAACCAAGUCGGGAAUCAGUGGCUGGCGACCUCCGUAGCAGGCGCCUCCGCCACGACGGCCGCUGAUGCUCUCAUGAAUCCUUUUGACGUAAUAAAACAACGUAUGCAAGUCCACAAAUCCGAGUUCCGCUCCGUCUUCACCUGUGCCCGUGUCGUCUACCGCAACGAAGGCCUCGCUGCAUUUUAUGUGUCCUAUCCCACCACCCUUGCCAUAUCUAUCCCCUUCAAUGCUAUCCAGUUCACCGUAUACGAGCAAGUGAAGCGGAUCCUCAACCCCCGCCACGAGUACUCCCCCACGACACACAUCACCGCCGGAGCAAUCGCUGGCGCAGUCGCAGCUGCAGUUACGACGCCCCUCGAUGUCGCCAAAACGAUUUUGCAGACGAGGGGGACAUCCCAGGAUGCAGAGAUUCGCAGCGUCAGAGGGAUGGCAGAUGCACUCAAGAUCAUAUGGACUAGAGACGGGAUCAAGGGCUUCGGGAGGGGGCUUACGCCAAGAGUACUAACGACGGUGCCCAGUACAGCGCUGUGCUGGCUAUCAUAUGAAUUUUUCAAGGCAGCCAUACGGUCAGAUACGUCUGGCUGCAACUAAAAUAUAUCUAUGCCUUCAUUUACCCCAUUGUAGCCAUUUUUUGAACUUAUCGUACUUGACUUGAAUGUAAUAUUAUUCCCAGCGCGCCCAG